AGAAGUAACGUGUUAGACAACGGAGAGGUAUCGUUGCCGGGGAGUGUUCAUGUAAGUUCUUUAACUUAACAUCAUUUGUUUUAUAAAUAAAUGUUUUCUCUUAGCGAUGCACCGAAAAUGGAAAGAUGCCAUUUAAUUAAGUUCAGUAUUCCACUGUUUCAUACCUUAAGAAUAACUUCAACAUAAGACUGACACCAAACGGAAAACGUGAAAAGCAAAGAAAUGCCCUGCUUCUCUUGGACCAUUGUGUUAUUUGGUACCAUCGGCUGGACUGGUCUCUAUUGGAUUUUGUGCUAUUUAGACAGGGGCAAAAAACCCGAGUGGCAUUGUAGGUUAGUUACUAUAGUUCAUGGAACUACAGUGUCUGCACUAUCAGCGUGGAACGCGUUUGUGGUAGGCCCCUGGCCUCUAACUAAUAUGGGUGAACCAAAUACCCCGGAACAAGAAUUUACUAUGGCCAUUUGUCUGAGCUAUUUUUUGUUUGACCUGGCGUGGUGCUUACUUCACAAAACGGAAGGUCCUGUUAUGUUACUACACCACAUUAUCAGCAUUGUGACCUUAUUUUUGUGUAUAUAUAUGGGUCACUCCGGAUGCGAGAUAGUGGCAGCUAUUGGUGGAGGCGAAGUGUCGAAUCCUGUGUUGCAGUUAAGAUGGUUCAUGCUUGAAAGUGGAUGGAAAGGAACAUGGGAAAUGGAUGCUGUGGACUAUACUUUUGUGGCCAUUUUCUUUUAUAUGAGACUUUAUGUGGGGACUCACUUGUUAAUUAGCAUUUGUACCCACCCUCGUUCUUUCAUAUGGAUGCAGAUAGGAGCUAUCACCAUGUAUUUAAUUUCAAUCGUGUUCAUGGGCAUGGUUGCAAAAUUUGCUUACAAGAAACUUCAAAAGAUUAAUGGCUUAAAGGAUAUGGUUGAAAGAAGCGCGCUUAUCAACACCAAAGUUUUAGCUUCAAAAGAAAAUGUUACCCAGCCAACUUGGGUACUGCAUGAUUGCGAUAAGAAUGGGAACAUUAAACUAAGAAAUGGCUUCACAAUGAAUGGAAGAGAUAAAGAUGGACAUUCUAAAGUUUUCAAAACGUAAUGAGGCAUUCAGUUUGAGAAAAGUGAUAGAGACCAACAUUAAGAACUAUGCAUUCAGAUCUUUUAAUGUAUUUAAUAUAUUGUAAAGUAUUCAUCGCUCUAUUUUUUUACUAUUGAAAUUCACAAAUAUAUCAAUAAACAAAAAAUCCUGCUAUUUAAGGAAAAUUUUGAAUUAACAAGUCCCGGAAUACGACUAAUAUCAAGGUUUAUGGUGUUUAUUAACAGCAUCAGGUAAUGUGUAACAAAAAUAUGAAACUUACUAAGAGCUCCAAUUUAUGAGAUAAUGAAGUCUUGUUUUAAAUGCGUAACAUUGUAUGAAAUGUUUUCACUGCUAUUUUAAAACUUAUUCCAAAACAAUUUCUUGUUCUACGAUUAUACAUGACUGAACCCUAAGAAAGUUAAAAGACAAAGAGAGGAAGAAACAUGAUAUUCAUUUUAUUAAUUCUCCUUAAUUACUUUAACUCUAAUCUCACAUUUGUGUACAUUUUUAAAACACAGUCAUUAUCCAGUACAAUAUGAAUCGUCAUUAUGUCGAAGAAAAGUCUUGGAGUUAAAAGGAAACGAAUUCAUCGAAUCAAUGCUUUUGAUUUUUCUAAGCAUUUAAUUGUGCUUAUUGAUCAAACUAUGAGUGUAUUUUAAGAGUGAAGGUCAAAUCUCACUAUUCCAUGAGAGUAGCCGAAAAGUUGGUGAUAGGUGCUGUUGACUCGCUGCCGGGCCCGGUAUGGCCAGGUGGUUAGGGCGCUCGACUCGCAAUCUGAGGGUCGCGGGUUCGAAUCCCCGUCCCACCAAACAUGCUCGCCCUUUCAGCCGUGGGGAUGUUAUGAUGUGACGGUC